CCGGGGCCGCCGUCCCGAGGCGGGGGAGGGGCUGGGUGGAACCGGCCGUAUUCGGCUGUGGCUGGACUGGGCCUCCCCGCGGGCGACUCCGGGAUCUGCGGACCCGGGCCCCCCUGGAGUAGCUCGGCCCUCUUAGGCCGCAGAGUGGGGCUGGGCCUGCAGCCGGGACUCCGGGCGUCCUGUCCCCUUCCUGCGCGGCGACUGCGGCCCUCGCGCCCUCUCUGGGCAACUCCGAGGCCGCCGCUCCGUGUCUCCCCAGAUUGUGCGGCUGUAAGCAACAGAGGUUUGCGGCCCGAGUCACUGCACCGAGACGCUGAGGGCUGCAGCAGAAACAGUUAAAUAGCCGGAGAGGGGAGGACACCCCCAGAUCCGCCUCCCUGAGGGAUUUGGGGUCUGGUCAGGGGCGGCUGGGAUGUAGGGUCGCUGAUUGGUGGGGACGUGACGGGCGAAUCCUGGGACAGGAGGUGAAGAAAACGUAUUCUUCUGCUGAGUGGGCUCCCUCGUGGGGUCUUCAGCCUGUUUGGCGCCAGCCUUUCCACUGGAAUUCAGGAUCUGAGACAGAAUUCCGGCUACUCUUGAGUAACUCUCAGAGAUCUUAUCCCCAGGCACAGUGGGGAAGCCGGCGGUCAGCGUCUGCUGUGACCUGACUCUCAGGGAGGCGACCCCGUGAGGCAGCGGGGCUGAGAGCACCUGGUUAAUAUCUAACUGCAAUCUCGCCUCCAGCCUGACUGGCAGUUCCUGUGAGCCCGGUGAGGAGGCUGCACGGUGACGACGAGUCACCAGGCUGAAUCUAGACUCGUGUGUGGGGUUUGUGUGUGGGAGGAUCUGUGUUAUCUUUGGUCCUCAGUCCCUUCUUUCUUUCCAAGGGCGACCGUUUCCCCUCUGAGUCUUCCAAAGAUGUGUGCAGCAGGGUCUCAAAUCCACCACUGUGUUCUCUCAUCCUAACUCCUCCUAAGUCUGGCAGCAAAUCUCUUGGUUUCCAGAGACUUCCCAGGCUUACUUUCUCUCCUUAAUUCACAGCAACAGUAUGAACUCUUUGGUUCUCAGGCGAUAUUUCACUAGUUUGUUAUCUUGUUUUCAGUUAGCAAUGCAUAUGGCUUUUUCUUGAAAGAAUUGUUUUGGGUUCCUGAACACGGUGGGUCAUUCCUGUAAUUCCAGCACUUUGGGAGACGAAGGCAGAGGUAUUGCUUGAUCCCAGUAGUUCCAGACCAGCCUGGGGAACAUGGCAAGACCUUGUCUCUAGUAUAAAUGAUAAUAAUAAAAUUAGCUACAGAGUCCCUAGGUGGCAUAGAGUAUCACAUUGUGAGGGAGCUGAGCAGUCUAGCUCAGAUCUCUUUCUCUUCUCAGAAGGACAUGAGAUAGCUCAUUUAUUCAUUUACACAUUAUGGAUUAAUCUAUUCAUGAGGUCCAAACCCUCAGGACUAAAUCGCCUCUUAAAGCCCCACCUUUUUUUCUUUUUUCUUUUAUUUUUAUUUGUUACUGCCACUUUGGAGAUUAAUAUGCAGUGUGCAUUUCAAACCUAGCAGUGACUGAUCAGGUGCACUCCUUCUGCUGAGUAUGUAACAAAAUGCCAAACUCUCAGAAGGAAGAUGGGAGUUAAGGAAAUACUAUAUUUUUUUGCAUAAACAAUUUAGCCACACUCUACCCCUGUUAUUAGUUACGCUCAUGGGGCCCUCCCCUAAAUACAUUGUCUAGACACCAUGAAAGGCCCAACUUUGUGAACAAGCAUUUGUAAGGACACGCACUCUCAGCACUGCUAAUGGUAACUCUCUUUUGCACAAUAAGUAGUAGGACUUUAUCGUGCCAAGGACUGCAGAUCCACUGUGGAAAUAGACAUUAGGGGUGAUCCAGGCUAUGUGAUUCACUCACUUAGUUCACCAAGUGGCAUGUUUCUGUUCGACUGUUAAUUUACCAAACAUGUUUAACUCUGGCUUCAGAGUUACUGUGUAGGAGAAAGUGAAUGUAGACAGAAUAAGAGUGGGUUUACCAUGUCAUUGAAUAAAAUGGUUGGAAACCACAGCAUCUUGCGAAAUGUAUGAAGUGAGUAUAGAUUCUCAGUACUGUGAUUUUCACCCUUCCUCUUCUGUACAUGUGGGAUGGAUCAGGCCUCAGUGGCUUUAGGGGAUGUGGCUGUGAACUUCACCCGAGAAGAGUGGGCUUUGCUGGGUCCUUGUCAGAAGAAUCUCUACAAAGAUGUGAUGCAGGAAACCAUCAGGAACCUGAAUUGUGUAGGAAUGAAAUGGAAAGAUCAGAACAUUGAAGAUCAAUACAAAUAUUCCCGGAAAAAUCUAAGAUGUCGUAUGUUAGAGAGAUUUGGUGAAAAUAAAGAUGGAAGUAAAUGGGGAGAAACGUCUAACCAGAUUCAAGAUAGUAUUGUGACGAAGAACACUCUUACUGGAGUAGGUCCAUGUGAAAGCAAUAUGAGUGGAGAAAUCGUCCUGGGUCAUUCAUCCCUUAAUUGUUACAUCAGAGUUGGUGCUGGGCACAAACCACAUGAGUAUCAUGAAUGUGGAGAGAAGCCAGAUACGCAUAAACAAUGUGGGAAAGCCUUCAGUUACCACAACUCAUUUCAAACACCUGAAGGGCUUCACACUGGAAAGAAACCAUAUGAUUGUAAAGAAUGUGGGAAGUCCUUCAGCUCUUUGGGAAACCUUCAAAGGCACAUGGCAGUGCAGCGUGGAGAUGGACCUUAUAAAUGUAAGUUGUGUGGGAAAGCCUUUUUUUGGCCCAGUUUAUUACAUAUGCAUGAAAGAACGCACACUGGAGAGAAACCAUAUGAAUGUAAGCAGUGUUCUAAAGCCUUUUCUUUUUACAGUUCCUAUCUAAGACAUGAAAGAACACAUACUGGGGAGAAACCGUAUGAAUGUAAGCAGUGUUCUAAAGCCUUCCCUGAUUACAGUUCUUGUCUAAGACAUGAAAGAACUCACACUGGAGAGAAACCCUAUACAUGUAAACAAUGUGGGAAAGCCUUCAGUGCUUCCACUUCCCUUCGAAGGCAUGAAACAACUCACACUGAAGAGAAACCCUAUGCAUGUCAGCGAUGUGGGAAAGCAUUUCAUCAUCUGGGAAGCUUUCAAAGACACAUGGUAACGCACACGAGAGAUGGACCUCAUAAAUGUAAGAUAUGUGGAAAAGGCUUUGAUUGUCCUAGUUCACUGCAGAGUCAUGAAAGAACUCACACUGGAGAGAAACUGUAUGAAUGUAAGCAGUGUGGGAAAGCGUUAUCUCAUAGCUCAAGCUUUCGAAGACACAUGACAAUGCACACUGGAGAUGGACCUCACAAAUGCAAGAUAUGUGGGAAAGCCUUUGUUUAUCCCAGCGUAUUUCAAAGACAUGAAGGGACUCACACUGCAGAGAAACCCUAUAAAUGUAAACAAUGUGGCAAAGCCUACCGUAUUUCCAGUUCCCUUCAAAGACAUGAAACAACUCAUACUGGAGAGAAACCCUAUACAUGUAAAUGUGGGAAAGCCUUUGUUGAUUUCUAUUCCUUUCAAAAUCACAAAACAACUCACGCUGGAGAGAAGCCGUAUGAGUGUAAAGAAUGUGGGAAGGCAUUCAGUUGUUUCCAAUAUCUUUCUCAACAUAAAAAGACUCACACAGGAGAGAAACCUUAUGAGUGUAAAACAUGUAGGAAAGCCUUCAGUCAUUUUGGUAACUUAAAAGUACAUGAAAGAAUUCACUCUGGAGAGAAGCCCUAUGAAUGUAAGGAAUGUGGGAAAGCAUUCUCUUGGCUCACUUGCUUUCUACGACAUGAAAGAAUUCACAUGAGAGAGAAAUCCUAUGAAUGUCAACAAUGUGGUAAAGCCUUCACUCAUUCCCGUUUCCUUCAAGGACAUGAAAAAACUCACACUGGAGAGAACCCGUAUGAAUGUAAGGAAUGUGGGAAAGCAUUUGCUUCUCUCAAUUCCUUGCAUAGACAUAAAAAGACUCACUAGCAUUCUCUCUAAAUGUAUGGAAUGUAGGAAAGCAUUUAUUAGUUUUAUGUCAUUUCAGAAACUUGGAAGAAACACAUUGGAGAUAAACCCUGUGAAUGUAAGCACUUGGUAAAGCCUUAAGUAUUUCAGUUUCUUUCCAAUACAGUCAUCCCUUGAUACAUGCUGGGUAUUGGUUCCAGCACUCCGUGAGCCAUGUCAACUCCCUUUUAUAAAAUGACAUAUUUGUAUGUAACCUACCCACAUCCUCUUGUAUACUCUCAAUUAUGUCUAGAUUACUUAAAAUACCUCAUGCAUUGUAAAAGCUGUGCAAAUAGUUGUAUUGUUUAGGGAAUCAUAAGGAAAAGAGUCUGUUUUCAGUAUAGAUGCAGUAAUUGUGAGCCUGUCAACAUAGUAUAUGUCAGCCAGAACAUUAAAGUUUCUUUGUUUCAACCCUC